GACGCGAGCGGCGUGUCUGCUGUCCCGCCAUGGCAGCGCUGCCCGGUGCCGCGGCCCCGCGGCUGCUCCUCAUCCCUAGCAAAGCGGCCGAGGCUCCCGGCACCGCGGCUGCCCGGCAUCUGUCCGUUGUCCUGCCGGCAGGAGCCGACCCCGGCCUCCCGGGGAUGGAGACCGCGCAGCCGGCCCGCAAGCGGCAGCGGCUCACGCAUCUGAGCCCGGAGGAGAAGGCGCUGCGCAGGAAGCUGAAGAACCGCGUGGCGGCCCAGAGUGCCCGCGACAGGAAGAAGGCGCGGAUGACAGAGCUGGAGCAGCAGGUGGUGGAGCUGGAGGAGGAGAACCAGAAGCUGCUGCGGGAGAACCAGCUCUUGCGGGAAAGGACGUGUGACCUCGCGAGGGAGAACCAGGAGCUCCGCUGCCGCCUGGGGUUGGAUGCUCUGAAGACGGAGGAGGAGGGUGACGAGUUCCAGGUUGUGAAGGAAUCCCAGGUGGAUGAGAUCAGAUUGGUGACCGGGUCCGCUGAGCGCAGCACUCAGACUACGUGUUCCUCUGCAGCAGGUGCAGGCCCAGCAGUCACCAUUUCUGAUAGCUUCCACAUGGAUUCUGAUGGCAGUGACUCUUCAGACUCUGAGUCUGAUGUCCUCUUGGGCUUUCUGGACAGUCUGGACCCAGAGUUGUUUCUCAAAUAUGCUGAUUCAGAGUCAACGUGCCUGGAAAAGCUGGAUGAAGAGAUCUCUGGAGAAACAAAUUCCGUACCAGCCGCCCUCUCUCCCUCUUUGGGGUCCCCAUCAGCCAAGCUGGAAGCCAUUAAUGAACUCAUAAGGUUUGAUCACGUGUAUACAAAACCCCUGGUAGUGGAGAUUCCUGUUGAAGUGGCCAACCAAACCAAUAUGCAAGUGAAAAUUGAGAAAGAAAAUCUCUCUUCAUCUGACAACAAGGCCAUCCCUGAAGUCCCAGUGUCUGUGAAGAACGAACCUGUGGACAGCUUCAUGCCUGAACUGGGCUUUUCUCAUCUGCUUUCUUCUUCUCAUAGCCUUGAAGCCUCAAGCUACCUGUUGGAUGGCUGUAGUGACUCUGGGUAUGAAGGAUCCCUGUCUCCCUUCAGUGAUACGUCGUCUCCGCUUGGCGCCGACCAUGCGUGGGAGGACAGCUUUGCCAAGGAACUCUUUCCUCAGCUCAUCAGUGUCUAACCUGUAGUGUUAACUCCCUGUCAACAACUGUCCUGUCCUGGCAGGAAAUCUGCAAUGCCCCUUUGGGGUGUGUGUGGGCAAAAUCAAGCCCAUUCAGAAAAGUGUUUCUCACCUUUACCAUGCUAGUUGAUGGUAUGAAAAAGCCUGGGGUAUCCUGUCCUGCCCUGGCUCCCCCCAGUCAGUGUUGGCUUAGGAGAGAGGCAGGUUUGUUUCUCAACUUGCUCAUUCUCUCUGAACCUGAAAAUGUUUUGUUUUCCAGUUAAAAUUUUAACACCAAAAACUAAACUGGGAUAUUCAUGUAUAGGCAACUGGGCUAGACCUUAAUAGUCUCUAAGUCUUAAAGCUUCACUAAAUGCUUGUUUUCCAUUUGCUAUGUAGAGUUGCUUUGUCCAUUUAAUAUUUAACUAUAUUGGUGCAAUUAAAAUGCAGUGCAGCUCACUGACCCUGUUUUGCCUUAGAACUCACUGGGGAGGGGAGAGGAUCUGGGAUCUGGAGAAUUUAAAUUCAGGUCCCUCAGUUUCUCAUCUUGCCACAAUAUAUUGGGGAGCACUGCUCAUAAGGUGUCUGCAGCUGGGUGCUUCAGCAGUUCCCUUUUGGGGACACUGGAUGUGGUAGAUGGGUUUGUGUGAGGGCCAGAGCAAAACCUUCAGCCUCUGUGAGGCAGGCACGUGGCAGGAGCUUGAAGUGUGAAUAUUCAGAAGUCAGGGCAGUUGUGGCACCCUGGUGGCCAGUAAUGCUGUCCAAAAUUCUCCAUCUGAGGGGAGGUGGGUGCACAGACAUGGUAUGAAAAUGGUUGCAGGUUCUGUAUUACCACAGGAAAUCCUGAAGCAUCAAAUGGACUUGUCAGGAGCUCAUUUCAAAUACCACAGUAGGAUUUCUCAUGGUCCACAUCCAUUUGCUCCAGUAUCCAGUAUUUAUCACAAUAUUUAAAAAAACUUGGAGAGACAGAAGAAAUUUUAUACUGAAGAUAAGAGAGUUGUUGCAGGUGUUGGCACAGCUGCUCUUGGUUUCAGUGCUAUUUCAUGUUUUGCAUUCAGUUUUGGCAAAAAUAACUUGGGGUGGGGAAGAAAGAAAACCAGAGAAGUUUCAGUCAGUAACAUUCAAGGUGACAGGCCUGCUUUGGAUUACAAGCUUGACUAACCUAGUUUACAAUGAAGGAUUCCACCUGAAUAGUGGGUAGAAGUAAAGGCUACAGCUGUGCAGUGCAACAAAUUUAGAUUGAAAAUCCAAGUAGUCAGAAGAAUAAAUUGCUUUACUUUCACGAUAGAAAAUAGCGAUGACUGCAAUAGUAUCCAAUUGUUGCGUGUCCAAAAAAAGCAGAAGUGAGGAUUUGAUCUGUAGCUUUGCAAUACAUUUUGUAAGCACUCUUUUAUGAAGCCCCAGCUCUUUCUGGCAACCAUGAACAAGCCAUUUCAACAUCUAAAAAAUCCAAAGAAAAUUGUAUUACAUUCUCCUUUUCAUCACAGUAGGACAUGGGAUGUGCUUAACAUUGCAACCUCCUUAAGCACAGGAGACAGAAAUGGUCAAGGAUGUGGUCUUUACUCUUUGCACUGUUUUGCUUCCCCUUCUCAACAGCUCUAUCCUGGCAUGCUUUAUCCUGGCUUACUGCAAACACUGGUGUUAAUAGUUACUGAGACCUCUUCCACUAAAACCACAGAAGUAGUUCUUGUUUGGCAUCUGGAAGCCUACUACCAUGGAGAAUCCUUAUGUGCACUGGUAUUUUCUACUAGAAUCAAGUCCACUAAGAUGGUACACAAAAAAAAGCAAGUCUUACCUUCCAAGAAAAUUACUAAAAUCUGAAUUUAAAACUCUACUCAAACAUUCCUUAACUUUAAAAAUACCUAGCUUGCUUAGUUCUGAGUCAUUUUAUUCUGAAGUAAAAUAAAAGAUCUCAAAACACAA